CUUCAGGAACAGUAUGCGGUGAGAAAGAUGAGGAAGAUUGAUCGAUUCACACAUGCCUCAUGGAUCUAUAAAUACAGAUGCUUGGCCACCAAGAUUUCUACAAGGCAGCUAGCAUAAUCUUAAUUAGGAUAGGAAAAGAAUCUUAUAUAGAUAUACAACUGUUAAGGUAUAGGAUCGAUAUGAAGAGGUUUUUUCAUCUCAUGAUCUCGGCGCUCACUGUUUUGGCUUGGGCAACUCACAUGGCAUGCGCAUUCGAUCCCAACCCUCUUCAGGACUUUUGCGUAGCAAUAGAUGAUCCCAAAGAUACGUUAUUCGUGAAUGGGAAAUUCUGCAAGAAGCCGGAGCUGGUGAAAGCAGAUGACUUUUUCAUCUCAGGAAUCAACAUCCCGGCAAACACAGACAACGCAUUCGGAUCAAAUGUGACAAACGUGUCCGUCGAAAACCUACCGGGGCUCAACACUCUCGGAGUAUCGAUAGCGCGUAUUGACUACGCACCGAACGGAACUAACCCACCUCACACACAUCCCCGAGCCUCGGAGAUCUUGUACGUGGCGGAGGGAAUACUGUAUGUCGGGUUCAUUUCGUCAAACAUAGAUGGGAACCGAUUCUUCACGAAGGUUCUUCACAAGGGAGAUGUCUUUGUGUUCCCCAAAGGAAUGAUUCACUUCCAAUUCAAUAUCGGAAAGACCCCAGCUGUAGCCUUUGCUAGCUUGGGAAGCCAGAAUGGUGGAAUUAUUACCAUUGCUAAUAGCUUGUUUGGGUCCAACCCUCCCAUUAUGCCUGAAGUUCUUGCUAAGGCAUUCAUGUUGGAUAAGGAUGUGAUUCAACAUCUUCAGAAACAGUUUGGGGCUUAAUUUCUCAUAUGUUAAAUAUCAUAUUUGUGAUGAAUUUAUUUUACUAUAUAAUUUCCAUGUAUAAAAAUUACGACCAACAUAUAUUGUCGUAAUACUAAAUAAAUACAGUGGUAUGUUCUUCUUUCUUC